CUCAAUAUCUCCACUUCCUGCCGGACGGCCGAACAUCUUCGAUCUCGCUCCGGGCUCGCUGCUGCACGCACCUCCUCCUCCGUCAUCGCAGAUUCGGAGGGGGAAAUAAGCGAUGAACAUAAGAAAUGAUCUGCUUAUGAAGAUCCUCAUAUUUCUCUUCGCUCUCAAUUCCCUCUCUAUCUUCGUCUACUUCACUUGCCACUCAUCCAAACCAUUUCGCUUCCCAACUUAUUCUCGCCCACCACUUCGUCGUCCCUUGUUACUGGGUUACCAUCAAACCCACCUUACCCACCCCCACCCCCACACCCACACCCAAACCCAAACCCAAACCCACUUCUUAAAACCUUGGCCCAUUCUUCCCUCUUACCUCCCCUGGUCGCAAUCCGCUAAUUCUGUACCCUUGCACUCUUGCGAAGCCUAUUUUGGUAAUGGCUUCACACGCCGCCUUGAUCUCCUCUCUCCCAAACCCAAUAUCUCCGCCGGUGGAAGCGGGUGGUUCCGGUGUUGGUACAGUGAGACUCUGCGGAGCUCGAUAUGCGAGGGAGGGAAGCUUCGGAUGGUGCCGGAGAGAAUUGUGAUGUCGAGAGGAGGUGAGAUGUUGCAGGAGGUCAUUGGGAGGACGGAGGAGGAUGAACUUCCUGUGUUUCAAGACGGUGCGUUUGAGGUUGUGGGGAAAGAAUGGACUGUUAAUGGUGAGAAAAGGCUCGUGAGCCGAGAGAUUUUGGAUCGGUAUGUGCCUGAAGGUGAGAUUUUGAGGCAUACAAUGCGUGACUUGAUUGGUUCGAUUCGGGUCGUUGGAGAUAAGGAAUUUGCUUGUGAUGAGUGGAUCGAGGAGCCCGUCCUUCUGGUGACACGAUUUGAGUAUGCGAAUCUUUUUCACACAGUUACGGACUGGUACAGUGCUUAUGUUUCUUCAAGAGUCACCAGCCUGCCUAAUCGACCUCAUCUGGUGUUUGUUGAUGGUCACUGUAUGACACCCCUGGAAGAGACAUGGAAAGCAUUGUUCUCGAGCCUCAGAUAUGCUAAAAACUUCAGUGGUCCUGUAUGUUUUGGCCAUGCCGUUCUGUCUCCUUUGGGAUAUGAAACAGCACUGUUUAAAGGUCUUACUGAAGAUAUUCAUUGUAAGGGUGCAUCUGCUCAUGAGCUGUGGCAAAACCCUGAUACUCUGAAGACUGCACGUCUAUCGGAGUUUGGAGAAAUUAUCAGAAUAUCUUUUGGGUUACCCUUAAGGAAACACAUUGUGAGCAAACAUCUCUCAACUCAUAAUGUCCUUUUUGUUCGUCGUGAAGAUUAUUUAGCUCAUCCACGUCAUGGUGGUAAAGUUGAAUCAAGACUUAGUAAUGAGCCUGAAGUCUUUCAGUCCUUGAAGAGCUGGGCAUCUAAUUAUGAAGGGUGCAACAUUAACGUUGUGAAUGGAUUGUUUGCACACAUGCCCUUGAAGGAGCAGGUCCAAGCCAUUCAAGAUGCAUCAGUUAUCAUUGGUGCUCAUGGUGCUGGUCUAACUCACAUCGUAUCUGCAUUGCCUAAUACUGUUAUUUUGGAGAUUAUCAGCACCCAAUUCAGACGCCCGCACUUUCAGUUGAUCGCCCGGUGGAAAGGAUUGGAGUAUCAUGCCAUCAACCUUGACGAGUCAUAUGCGAAUCCUGGAGUUGUUAUCAAUGAGUUAACCAGCAUAGUGAAAAGCCUUGGAUGUUGAUGAUUGUUUGUGCUGACAUUGCUGGUCUCUAACCUAAUGGAAGGUGAUUGAAAAUUCAAUUGGCUUCAUAGCUUAUGUUGCAAUUUUUGGCCGUUAUAAUGAAUCUGGUUAAUGUAGAUGACACAAUCACUAAUUUCUAGUUGAAGCAAAGUUCGCUUAGCUGGAGAGGUCCAACUUGCUAAUCUGAAUUUGACUAUGGAUGUGAUUAACCAAAAGAAAUUAUUCUUGAUGGCGCACGUAACUCGGUUUUUCUGGGGCAAGCAUCUGCCAUACAUGAGGUCUCAUUUUAUGUUGUAUAUUGAUAUCGAUUCUUCGCUUAUGCAUAUUGUACUAGUACAAGAGAUGAUUGCAUAUGCUCAUAUUUUUGUAUUCUCUUAUUCCUUUCGAUUCAGAAAAUCUGAUGCUUUGAGCCGGGGUAGUGUAAAAUUUGUAUGUAAAUGUCAAUCUAAGGUUGGUGAUCUCA